AUGUCUUCAUUCAAUCUAGCUUCAAUGCUAGGUUUAAAAAAUAGUUGCAAUAAUCCAUCAUUAUCUUGUUUAUUUGAAAAAUAUACGGAUACAUUUUCUAAAAUAUUCGGAGCAUCAAGUAAAUUACAUAGUUUAGAUGAAAUUCAACUUGAUAAAAUACUUAAAAUAUUAGAUUUAUGUAAUAUUUAUGAAAAACACGAAAAUACAUCAGGUUUAAAAUUUGAAACAGAAAAGAAAAAGAAAAUUUAUUUAAUUGAACAAUAUUAUAAAAAUCCUGAUAGUAGAGAUGUAGAAUUUCUUAUUAAUGAUUUUAAAAAGAAUAAUGAAAUGGCUGGAUCACCUAUUCAUGAUUCCGAACAAAGACAAAAUAUGUUUAAAACAAAGGAAAAUUUUCAAGCAUCAAAGAAAUCUCUUGAAGCUUAUUCUAAAACUAAAUUAUUUUUUGAUGAUGAUUUAAAUUCUAUUAAUAUUAAAGAAUUAGAUAAUAUUUUAAAAAUUGCUGAUGAAUCACUUAAAAUAUCACCUAAUUGUAUUGAAGCUUUUAAUAUAUUAGGAUUAUAUAAAUCUAAUAAUUAUGAACAAGCUUUAAAAUAUUUUAGAGAAGGACAAGAAAAAAAAGAUGAAUAUUAUUCUUCAAAUUUAAAAUUUAAUGAAAAAGAUAAUUGGACUAAACAUGAAUUAAGACAAUAUUUUAGAUCAAUUAUUGGAGAAGCAAAUAUUUUAAGAAAAAUGGGUAAAUAUCAAGAAGCCUUAGAUUCAUAUAAUAGAGCUGUAAAACUUGAUGCAAUUAUUCAUGGAUCUAUGGUUAGUUAUUGUAAUUUCCAAUAUAAUAUUCCUGAAUGUUUAAUGAAAUUAGGAAAAUGGAAAGAAGCAUAUGAUUUUAUGAAAAAAAACAAAGAUUUAUUAAGUUUAGCAUCUUCUAAGGUUUUACUUUGGAGUUUUGCACUUUGUGAUUUUAUGAUAAAAAAGAAAUCAUCAAAAGAUAAUUCAGUUGAAGAACAUGUAGAAUUUAUUGAAAGUGGAAGAGAAAAAGAUUCUGAACUUUAUGGAUCAAUUGCUGUUGCAGCACUUAAUUCACCAUUAGUAUAUGAAUAUUUAUUAGGUAUUAGAAAACUUGCAAAUGUAAGAAUACCAAAUUCAUUAGUAUUUUCGAGUGAUGAAUCAUCUAUUUGUUCACAAGCACAAUAUAUUUCAGAUCAUUUAGAUUUAUGGUUAUCAAAUCCAGAAGCUUUAGAAUGGGCAAUUAAGAAUGCAAAUAUAAUUAAUUCUCAUUUAACUUUAAAUAAUGAAGAAAAAAAGCUUGGAAGAAAAUAUUUUGAUAAUUCGAAACCUUUUGAUAAUUUUUUUAAAUUAUAUUCAAAAUUAUAUUUUCCUGAUUCUAGAGCUGAUGUAAAUUUAUAUUUAUUACAUUGUGCUGUUCGUGCUAAAAAUCUUGAUGCUGUAAAAUUAUUAGUUGAUCAAGGAGCUACAAUUUAUACGAAAAGUGAACCUACUCCUUUUCAUUUCGCAUGUUAUUAUGAUUAUGGAUCAGAUAUUGUAAAAUAUUUUUGUGAAAAAACAGGUACUCCUUUGAAAACUGUAAAAAUUAAGCAAAGUCCUUUAAUAAUGGCAAUUAAUCAAGGUAAUUGGAAACCUCUAGUUGAAAUUUUAUCAUAUCUACUCAAAAAGAAUAGUCUUACAAAUGAUAUUUUACAAACUUGUGUAAAAGAACUUUUUAAUACAAGUGUAUAUGAAUGUGUUAAAGGAUUGGAAAAAUGUCAAAGAUGUUAUAUGACUAAUGUACCUCAUUCUAAUGAUGUUUCAUUUGAAAAAUGUGUUGAUGCAAUUAUUUUAUUUGGAUUAAAAUUACUAAACAAAUUUUAUAUAGUUAUGAACAGAUCAACAUUUAAAAAAAUCAUUCAUGCAAUAUAUUGA